AUGGAGGUCAUAAUACCGCCGAGGGAUCACAAAACCAUCACUUAUAGAUAUACCUGGGAUGAGAAGGGAGAAGUACAAAAGGUCGAGAGGGUCCGCGAAUCCGUCGACUACACCUCCAACAGACAAACCCUCCAAUGGCCAUUCCAAAGCACCACAUCAGCCGGUGACCAAAGCACAACCUCCCAGGACUACAUCGCCCACCGCGCGACGUGGCAAGCCCGCCCCGCAUACAGCGGACGCUCCUCGCCGAGCACGAUAGACCGGGACAUCGUCCCCGACUACGUCGUCAACUACCUGCGCGGCGAGACCCCAGACCGUGGCCCUGAGAGCCUCCAUGCGCGCGCGGGGCCUUUACGACCCGCUCCGACAGUGAUGGUGAGGCGGGCCCCGCUUCAACGCGCAGGGGGCCAAGACGAAGGGCAACAGGCCCAGCUCGAGCAGCUUGGUGGGGUGGAGGUUCGGGCUCGCCCCGUCAUCAGCCUCUGCCUCAUCGCUCUUCUCGCCAUUUCAAAUUACGCCUUUCAGGUCCUCAGCAGCCCCACCAGGGCCGAGGUUUCAGCUGCUCACGACCGUAGGAGAUGGUUGGACAUUGGCAUUCCCUCCUUCAAGAACCUCGUCCGUAUCUCGAGAGUGAGGGCCAUUCUGGCCGUCUUCAUUCUCUUGGUAGCCUUUACGCUUCAAGUCUUGUAUAAUAGCGUCAUCACCGUCUCCAGAGUCGGCGCCAACGCCAGCCUCAUCUUCGUCACCGAGGACUUCCUCUCCGGCGCCCCCUUCUCCAACGGCACCGACACCAACUCCGCCCAGCUCUCCCGCAUCGACUUGCUCGCCCUGCAGAGCAGCGCCGACCGCGGUCUCAUGACCAACCUAACCGCCUCCCAGUGCGUCGCCUCCUUCACGGGGCCCUUCAUCGACGACUUCUCCACCAUCAUCGUCGUCACGAGCCUCGACGACAACCCCAGCGGGAGCCUGGUCCAGACCGCCGUGGCCGGCACCCGCGGCGGCCGCUUCAAGGAAGGCGACCUGAGGGACGGCGUCCGCCUCCGCAGCUCCGACGUGCUCUUCUGCCUCGGCGAGACCACAGGCUUCGACAACGACUUUUGCGAGCUCAGGCUCUCGGGCGCCCUCCUCGGCGUCGCCGCCCUCGUCAACCUCGCCCUCGUCAUCGCCGUCGCCGCCGCCGCCCUCAUGAGGAAAUUUGCGCCCCUCGCCACCCUCGGCGACGCCAUCUCCUCCUUUAUCGAAGCCCCCGACGCCACCACCCGCAACGCCUGCUUGCUCACAAAGUCAGACGUCCGCCUGGGCCGCUGGCCCCUCUACGAGGCCAAGUACUGGGCCCCGCGGGAGCACUUUUGGAUCAUGACCCCGUCCAUGCUGCGCUGGGCCGCCUUUGCGCUCUCGUGGCUGGUGCCCACCGCCCUCACCGUAUGGGCGCUCGGCUGGAACAUUGCCGGCCAGCCCGGCCGUGGGCUCUCCCCUUUGGCAGCCCGGCGCCUCACCAAAUAUUUGUCCUGCCCGCCGGCACCGCCCGGACGGCACACCUAUUACCUCGGACACGAAAUGUCCGAGUUCGCCGUCCCGGACCGCCACCGCGCCCUCCGGCGCUCCUGGGGCGCCCGCGGCAUCCAACAGGCGAGCCUUUAUCUCACCCUCCCCGGCCCUGGUCCUGGUCCCUCAUGCUGCUCUUCUCCGGCACCUCAUCCCUUGUCCGUCGAGACUGUGCAAAUCACCGCGCUCUCCACCUCAUCUACCGCGCUCCUCGUGCUCCUCGCGCUCCUGAUCGCGAUACUUACCAUCCCAAUUGGCCUCGGCCUGCGUCGUGCGAACCCGACGGCUAGCUACGUCAACGGCCACCCCGCGGGGAAUCCUCUCGCGAUGCGUGGGGGUAGCUGCUCGGCUGUCAUCAGCGCGCGGUGCCACUGCCCCGAAAACGAGGUCGAUUUCGCCGACCCGACAGCGGAGAGGCUAACCUGGGGCGUCAUAAGAGAAGGGGAAGGUAUGGAGGUCGGUCGUAUGGGAUUCGCUGGCGAGAGCAAGGGCCCUCGCUCGGUCGGCAUGAUUUCUGUCGGGAGGGCCUACGCCUAG